AUGAAUAUUGAUGAACUACCCACUAAGGUACAAGAUGAAUCAACUGUAAUUGAGCAAUUGGAGAAAUUCAUACAAACUAAUACUCUAGAUGAAAAAGAAAAGAAAAAGGCAUUAGAAUUUUUUAGAAAAGAGAAACUAUUGUUUACAAAAGACAUACAAGAAUUGAAAACUCAUAAUGUAAAUGGAACUUCUACAGAGGAUAAGCAAAAUAAAGACUCUUGCUCUAUAACUAAAGAUAAAUUGGCAUUAGAAAACAAACACAAAUGA